UCGUCGCUAUUUGAUAAUCCGUGGGCUAGGUACAGAUUAAAGUAUAUACUGCAAUAACAUAUUUAAUGUUGCAAAACCUCAACAAGUGCUUCACAACAGACGCAGACGUGUAGAAAAUGCUAAGCUUAUCGUUGGCUUGACAAUAUUUUAGGGCAUAGAUGCGUGUAUGGCUGUUCUCGGUAAAAUUCAAAAUUAAAUCCGACUUUUACACGUCUACUGGCAAUUCGUAGUUACAGCAGUUGCGUGAACUGGUGUGAAUCCGAGAGUGAUUAAUCAUAUCAGUCUAAUCAAUGCGUGUGUGUGUGUCUUGCUGUAAGUGCAGUUGUUUCAGUCUCCGUUAUCAACAGUGCCUGGGAACGCGAACCGAAUCAAGGAACUUGAUGCCCGAGAUUUCUGGUCGUCGGCCGAUGUGUCACUUUGUAGUAUUGCCAUGAAGGAAGAACCUAUGAACUCCUCCUCGCCGGACGACGAGUGUUUCAGCAUUGCCACUCACCUGAAAGCCUGGAGCUCUUUGUGUCUGUAUAAUAUGCCAUGGAAGUCUGCAUCCAUACUCUACAAACCACGAGUGCAUGGCAGAGGGUACUUCCCAUUGUACCUGUUACUAGAGUCUAUCCCAAUCCAUUCACAUGUGGAAUGUGGCACCCAAAUGCUUCACAGCUGCGAAAGUACGCAGCAAGUGUGCUGCUAAAUUACCGGUCUCGGAAGUGACAGAAACUCCGAUGUUUGAGUUUGUGGCCGUCAAACAGGAAUGGGUCGAAGAUGAUGUGAAGAAUGAUGACUGUAAUGAAGCUCAGGAGCCUGAGAACGCAGUUGUAGAGGAAGAUGGGAUUCACGUCAAAACACAGCCAUCUGAAUGGCGCAUAUUGAAGGAACCUGAAUCGGCAGAUACAGCAGUGGGCAAUACAAGGUAAGAUGCUCUCUAUUCGUCAGACAUCGGAAAUCCUCUUCAC